AUGAGUAAGACAGAAAAAAAAGUGUUGUUUGAGGAUGAUAUCUCUAGUACUCAAAGUUCUGAAGGAGAAGACUACAUUCCUAAAAGAAUAAUUUCUAAAUCUAAUACUCGAAGGGUACAUAAGAUUCCAAUUGAGCUACAACAAUAAUUAUUUCGAUAAGUAUUUUAAGAAGGGAAAUAAAUUAAAGAGGUAUUCUUUUUCAUAUUACAAUCAGGUUGCCAAAGUUCUAAAUUUAAAUUACUCUAGUGCUAAAUCUCUAAUUCAUUAUUAUAAAAAUAAUAAACGGUCAGCUCCUUUAGAAGUAUUAGAUGUUUUAAGUGGCAAGAAAUAGUUAGUUUGUCGAGUUUCUUAAAAAAUUGAUAAAAAAUACAAUAAUCUAAAAAUAGAAGUCAGAUCAAAUAAUUAAAUUCUUCACUUCUACAAUUACUAUGAACAUAAGACAACUAAUGAAUGA